AUGACAUCAAUUUCCUCUUCCUGCUCUUCCUCAUCUUCUUCAUUUUCUUCAUCAAACAACUCAAAAAAUAAUAAAAGCGUCAGUCCCUUAACCAAUUUUAUCAACGAAAAUUACAGUCAACAACAAUUUUCUGAAAUAAAAUUUGAACAAAAUCGGAAGACUUCAACAACAGAAAAUCAGCAAAAUUCGUCACAAAUUACCCAGCAACAAAUACAAUUAUUGGAAAUGCUGGCUAAAGCUGGCUUGAUUCCUUCAAAUUCGUUGCCGAAUAAGCAAGAAGAUGGAGAUGAACAACAAAAAGAAAGUGGAGGAAAUAAUGAGGGUUGCGGUGAUUUGUUUGACUCAAAUUCGCUUUUUGAUAAUGUGAGGAUUUUUACUAUACUGGAAAUAGACUACUGUCGAACCUCUCUAUUGUAG